AGAUAUCUGGAAACGGCACAAACGGUACAGCACCAAACUUUUAUGAUUAUUCGAACGGAUGAUAAAAAACAACAUCAAGAUGGAUACUCUACACCAUCGCCGUGUAGUCCAACAUUACAUUCAUUGCCAAUAGAUAAUUCAUUUGUAGUGGAAGAGGACGAGGACGAAACUAUAAUAAUUGAUGUAGACGGAUUGUGCUUCAAUUAUGGGGAUCCAGAAAAUGAUCCUAAGAUAAUAUAUCUCAAUUAUUCCGGAAAUAUCAGAAUGUGUCAGCUCUUACCCAAAAACGAUGGUCAACAUAUUUUGCUUGAUGAAGUCUACCAACAAUUCAAACCUGUUCAGCAAACAGAAUUAGACUCAGAAUGUAAAUCAAAUUUUAGGAAGGUAAUCAAGCAAGCAACAAAAGAGUCGCGUCGCAGUGUCAUAAAAUCACUGCUAGCAGAACUUACAAACGAUCAAAUGGAACAUGGAUUACGUUAUCUUGGAAAAUCUGAAAACGUUGCCGACCGAGAAGAUUAA